GCGAGUGGGAGUAGAGCGAGCGAAUCGUUCGGCUCGCGGCAUUCGUCGAUUCAGUGCAGCAGUCCUGUGUGAGCUCCGCGCGCCCUUGAUACGCACCGGAGCUACGUCGCCGCGUCUUUCUUUAGAAAACACGAACACAAAGACCGACGGAAUAUCCUAUUAGACCCACCGGGCCGGCCACCGCUAUCUCGGAGAAGACGUGGGGUGAGAAGUGGAGAAGCGGAGGCUUUUUGAAACGGCAUGCUCCGAUGAAACCCAACAUGGCGCUGCUGCGAGGUACGGGCAGGCUGAAUUAAUUUUUGAGUCGGCGGACCCCAGUCUCCACCUGUAUCCUCGGGCUCAGCCGCACGACACACGUCGUCGCCCAAACUACCGGACAAUAACGUUGGGCUUUUUCCUUUUUGAACCAUAUCAGUAAUUUCCAUGUUUCCCCCCUCUGACGCGAGAGCUUCUUAGCCUACUGACCUGCGCGUUUCAUGGAAAACUAAGUGACAUUCACAAUUAAAGUCCAGCGGAAAUGUGAGGCGGGGAGUUGCCUGGAAAUAACGGAGAGAGAGGAACUCUUUGUACGCCUCGUUUUUCUUAUCGGUGCCAGAGGAUAACCUGUUUGGCACUUUUUACUGGUCUUCUGGGUCCGUCACUGGGCGUCCUGGUCUUACGUCCGCGCGGAUCGCUGCUCUCCCAGUUAACUUGGCCAAACAGGAAAAAGGCGUGAGUUGGGGCACGACCACGACGGCUGGAGAUAACAGCAAUUAACCAGUUUGCAUGUCCCCAUAGGGCAACAUCUGUUCGUGAUGUCGAUGCUGAGACGCAGACCAACCUGGAACUGAGACAAGGGAACCACAUCACACAAAACAUGGUAGAUGCGAGGCUUACGCCUAUCGGGCUCGACCGAGGCACUCUAAUGCGGGACAGCCUCCGUCUGCACGGUGGGGUGGUCUACCCCGGGAUCCGGGCCCUGCCGGCCGAGAAGGGCCGGGAGGGGACGUCCCUGCCCCUGGGUUACGGCCGGGACGGCCUCCCGGAGCUCAUCUACAAGCCUGACGGCUCCAUGGACAGCCGCAAGCCGACCAACGGCUACCUAGGCCUGUACAAGGGCGCUCCAAUGGGCCUCCACAAGCCUGUGAUGGUGCAGGGGACCGGAGCGGAAGGCCUGGGCCUGGAAUGUAGAGCGGGUGGGCCGGGGGACAAGAGGGCAUCAGAGCUGAGCCUGGCUGGCGCCGGCGGUAGCUACCUCCGUCUGCCCUGGCUCAGCCCCUACCCCGAGGCCAACAUGUAUCCCUAUAUGGACUCCUCCAAAUAUGCCGCCCUGAGCAUGUACAAAGCCUCCCUGCUUAGCCAGUCCAACCCCUACCUCCCCCAGCACCUGGCCUACCCCUCGCUGUGUGCCGCCCAGGGGGGCAGUGUGAACCAGGCCGCCGCCUCCGCUGCCGAGCGGCUGUACUACAUGCCGCCCUAUCCGCCCUCUCCCAUCUCCUCGCCCAUGGUGGCUCCUCCGAUGAGGAUUCCCGCGGUGACGGUGGCCCCCACCUCCAUGGUGCACUGCCAGGACAAGGGGCUUAGCGUGGGCUCGCCGUUCGGACAGCAGCUCCACCAGCCCUCGUCCCACACCCAGCAUCACCAGGCCAACCCUGACAGAGACAGAUCUCCAAACAGGAGCGGCAAAACAAACAGACCCCCUUCCCGCAAAAGCCUUGGCAGUAGUAACGCUGGCGGUAACGGUGGUAACGGUAGUAGCUCUGGCAGCGGCAACAACAACAACAACGGUGGAAACAACGGCAGUAGCUCCAUCGACUCUUCUCCUCGUGCCUCUUCUCGCAUCCCCCACCCUCCCCAAGCUCUGUCCGACGGCUCUGUGGACUUACAAAGACCGGUGGCUAGAAUGGGUCAGCCGCCCACCUCUUCCACCUCUUUAUUAUCCUCCCAGUCCAUUCCCCAUCCGUACUCUGUCAACGGCAUGGCACCAGAGCAGCCCUCUCCGGCCCGACCCAGUCCCCAUAAGCCCCGGCCCAGGGACGGCCCGUCGGAGCAAAGAGCCGAGCGCGGCGAGAGGAGAGCGAGCAGGUCCCCUUCCAAACCCAGUUUCGACCGGGCUGCUCAUCAGUCCUCUGCAACCAAAGACCCGGCGGAGAAGCCCCUGGACCUCUCUGGAAGGAUGCUUGAGUUUGGCCUGCCCCCUAACGGCUACCCUGUAAAGAUGGACGCUUUGACUCCAGGGGCCCGCUACGGGCUGCCCCCCAGCCGUGAGCUCUUAAAGGAGACCCUUUCCCUGUCUCCUCCUUUGCAUCCCCACCCGGUGGGCAGCAGCACUUCCUCCAAGGUCUCUGAGAGGCCCGAGAUAAUCAGCACUUUACACUCCUCCUGGGUGGUGCCCAACCCGUCCCCAUCCCAUGCUCAGCACAUGCCGGGUUUACCCUCUUCCCCGAGGCCCAACCCCAGCCAGGACCCAGGCUCAGUCCAAGCCAAAAGCUCCUCCCCGUCGGUCAUCAAACACAAGGGCCUUGAGAAGGUGCUGCCUCAGCAGCGCAGCUCCUCCUGUCCACGGAUAGGAGAGCCCAACCACACCAUGCCCUCCGCCCAACACCCUAGCUCAUCUCUCAUCCCAUCCAGGCCUGUUUCCCCGAGGCCCAACGGGGACUGGCCCAAACACAGCCCCAACCCAUCAGAACAUCACCAUCACCGAGAGGGGGGAGACAAGUCCUCCCAGUCCUCUAAGAGAGGGGAGACGGCUCCCGAUGUAACUUCAUACAAAAGGCAGUGUUUGGAGAACGGUCACCUUUACCUCUCUCAGAGCGACGCCUACUUGAACCACAGCUUGGCCUACGCCAAUAGAUACCUGCAAUACUCUGUCCCCGAUGGAAUGGCCCUCCACUCCCUUCCCCUGGGGGCCAAAGGCCCUGUUUACCCUCACCCAGUGUUAUUGGGCAGCAACAGCCUUUACCCAACCCACUUGGCGGCCAAGCACCCCUUACCAUACCACAACCUGGCCGCUCCAUCUGGGGGAGAGUACCUCACCUUUAACUCCCAGGAGAUGUCCCACCCCCUGAUGCAGACCCACACCGAAGCUAAGCUCCAGGAAAGGGGGGAUGUGAGCCUAAAGCCCAGGGGAAUAGACAAGCCCAGGAGUCAGGCGGAUGAAUGUGGAGGUAACCGGGACCGGGCCGGAGCCAUGGCUAGGUGUGAAGGGAGCCAAAGGAUACUGGAAAAGGGAGCGGGGGAGCCGGGCGCGAGCCACGCAAACCCGCCGUCCUCUUCUGCAUCGUCGAGGGAGAGAAUCGUCUGCAUUGACCUUGUUCACUCCGACACGGACGCAGAGUCUACCCCUAAAGUGCACAAGCUGCCGCCUUUGGUUCCAGGCGCAAAAGUCAACCAAAAUGAAUGUGACAACCAAAACCAGACGAAGUCUGAAUACGAGCCAAAACAUCCCCGUCUCCCUUCUCCUCCUCUCGCCUUCCCGACCGGCCUUACCCCCAACCUGAAGGCACCCCACCACGACCGGCGCUCAGACACCGCCUUUGGGCACAUGAGGCUGGCCCCGGUCGCCGGCUGUGCCAGCGGGACGUCAAGCUCGCCCCAGUGCUCCCCGGCACGGAGUCCCAGCCCGGACCUCGGGGACCAGGACCAGAGCACGCUGAGCUGCGCCCGGACGUCGGGCGAGCGCGGGAAGUGCAAAGGAGAGCGACGAGGCCCCGCUUACGCGCCUCAGACGUGCAGUGACCUGGAAAUGGAGGCCGAGCGAGAAAUCCUGCGCGGCAGAAGGGCUGAGAGGGAAGACGGCAUCGUGGACCCGGAGGACUCUAACGGGGAGUGCGAUGAGGAUGACGACGACGACGACGACGACGACCAUUCGUCCAGGGGCUCACGGAGGUCCAGCCUGGCCAAGAGGAUUGCAAACUCCACGGGCUAUGUGGGCGACCGCUUCAAAUGUGUCACCACAGAGCUAUAUGCAGACUCCAGCAAGCUGAGCCGGGAGCAGAGAGCCCUGCAGAUGGAAGUCAUAUCACAAGAGGAGAGUAAUAUAAGUCAACCUGCUGCUAACUGGGAGCGGGCGAUGAUGCGGUUCUCGGAGCUGGAGCUGAAGGAGAAGGAGGGCGGCGGUGUGUGUGUGUCUGCGCCGGGUGCGGGACGCGAAUUGGCAGACUGCCAGCGAGAGCAAAUGCUGGAACACGGCCAGCUCACCGCCAGGCAGGCGGAGAGGGAGGGGGUACGGCCGGCCUACGGCAACAACCGGGUCCCGGUCCUGCAGCGCUGCGGCGGGGCCCUCCGGGAACCCCUGCUGGGAGGGCAGGGCCCGGCGGACGGGGCCAGGAAAGGUGCGCGGGAGGCCGACAUCGGACACGGCGUGCCCCCCACCUUGGCACCGGCUAAUGGGCACCUCGUGGAGCGGGGCGCUCCCCCCGGCGUGGGGCCCGCCAGGAAGCGGCCCCUUUGCCCCGAGGCCGGGGAGCAGAGGCCGCAGGAGGCGGAGGGGGAGGCGCGGGGGGAGCGGGACAGGACGUCCCACCCAGAGAAGAGAGCCAAGCUUUGUACUGACGACCACCGGCCGGCCUUCCCCCCCGACGAGGAGGAGGAGGAAGAGGACGAGGACGUGAGGAAGCUGAAGGUGUGCAUCGAGCUGAAGGGGCUGAGGCUCAGCAAGCCCAACGCCCUCGGCGCUGCCUCGCCCGACCGGCCCGACAUCAAGCAGGAGCGGGCGUGGCCCCAGCCCCACCCCCAUCCCCGCAUGUCGGGCCAGGCCCCCAGCCCCUGGGAGAGGAGGGCCCGACCCGGCGGCCCUGAGGACAAGGCGGCGGCGGCAGCGGCGGCGCAGAGAGCGGAGAUCCACAGGAAGUGGGGCUGCGAGAGGUCGUCUUACGGCGGCCCCGUCGCCCCCGCCCUCCCCCCUCCCGGCCAGCCCAAGGACCGAGAGCCCCCGCUUGCGCCCGUCGCCGGGGAGCGGCCGUGCGGGCCCCGGGACGUCAGGAGGGCGCCCCCCUCGCCCGCCCCCUCGGACCACCUGGGUGCCGGGGACCCCGUCGCCGCCAAGCCCCGUCGCCACGGCGACGUGGACAAGCCCAAGGGCAAGCGCCCCUGCAAGACCAAGCACACCAGCCAGAGGGAGCGGCGCCGGGGGGAGGCCACGCCCACCGGCCCUCGCUGCGCCAGCGACCCGGGGGCCGCGGUGGACGACGACGACGACGGCAACAACAAGUCAAGCGAGCAGCGCAGCGCCGCCAGGAGGAGCGCCGCCUCUCCCGAUCAUUACCCCGGCUCUCCGGUCAAGCCCUGCUCCCCCGGCUGCCCGGCCCCGCCGCCCCCCCCACAGCCCCAGGCCACCGCCAGGGGGGCCGCCCCUGCCGAGGGAGCGGGGCCGCCGCGCAGGCCCUCCCCCGCCGAGCCCCCCGCCGUGCGGCCCGUUCCGCCGGAGGCACGGCGUCUGAUCGUGAACAAGAACGCCGGCGAGACCCUGCUGCAGAGAGCGGCGCGGCUCGGCUACGAGGAGGUGGUGUUGUACUGUCUGGAGAACCGCGUGUGUGAGGUGAAUCACCGCGACUACGCGGGCUACUGCGCGCUCCACGAAGCCUGCGCCCGCGGCUGGCGCACCAUCGUCCAGCAUCUGCUGGAGCACGGGGCGGACAUCAAUUGCAGCGCCCAGGAUGGCACCAGACCGAUCCACGACGCUGUGGAGAACGACCACCUGGACGUGGUGCGGGUGCUGCUGUCUUACGGGGCCGACCCCACCCUGGCCACCUACUCCGGCCGCGGGCUGCUGAAGAUGACCCACAGCGACAACAUGGAGCGCUUCCUCAUCGAUUAUUUUGCUGAUCUCCAGGGCCGGCCGGAUGACGACCCGGGACUUUAUUGGGAGUUCUACGGCAGCGCUGUGUGCGAGGCCGGCGAGGAGGGCGGGGCCUUCGACAUCCUGGCGGACCCUCCCGGUCCGGACGAGGAAGACGAGGAGGAGGACAAGCGGGAGCUGUUUGAGUUUGAGUUCUCCGACCGGCCCCUGCUGCCCUGCUACAACAUCCAGGUGUCCCUCUCCCAAGGGCCCAGGAACUGGCUGCUGCUGUCGGACGUGCUGCGGCGGCUCCGCAUGUCGGCGCGGGGCUUCCGGCAGGCCUUCCCCCACCUGGAGGUGGUGACGGUGGCGGAGGCGGAGUUCUACCGGCAGGCGUCGCUCUCCCAGCUGUUCAACUGCCCCGACGAGCUGGACGCCUUCCAGCCCGACAGCAAGGAGCUGCUGGACCUGGUGGAGGGCGGCGCCGAGCUGGCCGCCCUGCUGGGCUCCACCCUGGAGUGCCUGGACGGCCGCUGGGAGCUGCCCUCGGUGGACCGCUUCAAGGAGAAGAUCAAGACCAUCGGCCGGCUGGGCUCCUCGUGACCCCCGACCCCGUAGGGAGACAGUUUGCCGAGGGAGCCUAUCGUGGGCGGUGGCGGUGGAGGUGGAGGUGGUGGUGGUGGUUGAGAGGGGGAGGGAUGAUUUCAAAGCCUUACACGUCGUUGCCGUGGCGCUGCAGGCCCCUGCUCUGGGGUCAGGGCCGGGGCGCUGUACUGAAGGACAGACAGAGACAGACACAGACGGACGGCUGGCUGAUGAAGCCGCUGAAAGAUUUCCCUCCAGCAAGCGAGCAUUGAGGAAAUGCAGACUUAUGAAACUUAACAACGGUCUUAUUUUUAUAAGUGGAUUAAUAUAUGUAUGAAAUAUAUAUACAUCUAAAAGAGUUUUUUUCUGUUUGUUUCUCAUCACUCCUCUGAUAAAGAUUUUAUGGAAGAUGUCUGAAGCUAAACUUACAGACAGUGUGAGGACACAGCACGUUGUGCUUUAUGUUGCUGUUCAGCAUAGAUUACCGAGGCAGUUCUGUUGAAUGUGGCAAUUGUGUUUAUAGGAAGCACACAAUGUAUUUUCCCCUCCUUAGCGCUGUAGCGCUUGCUUGAGCCUCAGGGGCUAUCGUUUUGUUUUUUUAACCGAUGUUAAAAUUUUGCCCUUAAUUUAGUCUCUAAUUUAACAUGGAAACUACAAAAUGUGUUGUAUAAUAAAGUUUUAAGAUGUUGAUAUUCACUCUUCGGCACAGAGCUUGUAUAUAACAGGGAGGCUAUUGCAGUAAAGUAAUUUUUGGUGUGUCAUUUUUGUUUUAACUUUGUAAUUAAAAUAUCUCAUUUGUAUUUAUAUUUUACAAAAAAAGUUGCUUUAAAAUAAAUAUACAACUGCAAGACGAAA